UUGAUUUUGUGGUGUUGCAGACAGCUGUGCGGGGAUGAUGGCAGCGAUUCGCGUUAGCGGUGGUGCGCGAUGGCUUCGGCUGGCGUCCACUGGCGUUGCCACGACGAGAGCCACCACAGUCGGGGUCGUAGCGGGCUGGUCAAGGGGCGCUGUGGGUACAGGGCAGAGGUGGGCUGUGCCGGCGUCGCUGGCGGCGUGUGCGCGCAUCGCAGACCACGGCAUGAUGGCUCGCUUCUUGCGCACGUCCACAGCUGCCUUGUCACGUGGGAUGGUUGUUGAUAACGACGGAACAAAGCUUGGAGAGAUGAGUGUUGAAGAAGCAAGAAAGCUUGCUCACCAGCGGAACCUGGAGUUGCGGCUCGUUCACAAGGCACCCCGCCACUCAAAUAAGCCAGCCUUGGAUGUAUACCGCCUCGUUGACGCCAACCGUGAACGCAAGAAGCAAGAACAGCGUGAGAGGCAGCAGGCAAGGCAGCGACGCGAACGUGCGCGUCAAGAAAAGGAACUGGCAAAGCUGACCAAAGAGGUCCAACUCUCUGCAUGGUGUGGUGAACACGACCUGCAGGUCAAAGUGAAGCAAGCACACAAGUUCCUGAGUAAGGGGUUGCGAGUGCGUAUCGUCAUCAAGCAUCGGCGUGGCCAGAAACUCGACAGAGACCAACAACAACAAGUGAUUCAUCAGGUACAGGAGCAGCUGGCAGAUGUGGGCAUUCCCCACGAUGCACGGCAGCAAGGCGCUUUCAUGGUAUCCAUGAUUGACCCUCGCCCUCCCUCCGAUGACGACGACGGCGAAGUUGAUGAUAGGGGAAGCGGCAGCUCGCAAUGACAUUCACGCGUGUUGUUCUGUGUUGUGGUGUGUGUGUGAUAUCUUCGAGUCGUGUUCAAGUUACAUUCCAUUAAAGAUAUGUGUGCCCAA